AGGAGGAGGAUCAGGGGGACACAAUGGGCUGCUGUCUUCUUCGGCGGCAGCCAGGAGCUUCAUGGCCAGUAGGGAGCCGCCACAGUUGCAGAAUGCCUCGUCAAACGACUCGGCCACUGGGGACUGCGGCCCGCACAACGGCGAGAGCGUGGCCUCCCCGCCGACGACGACAGCCGCGAGCAGCAGCGCGAAGCUGCCCAGUGAGCUGACCAUCAUCCCGAUCUCGGCCAAUGCGUCACCCCAGGGCAACGAGGAUCACGGAGGCUAUGGCGGCAGUGGCGGAGCCUCGUCAAACAUGUACCCAGCGGGUGUGGUUCCCAUGCAGUACCUUAUGAACCCCCAUGAAUUCCUCCAGGAGGAAUCGGGGGAUAUCGACGAGCUGAAAAGGAAAGGGGAGGCGGCCAUCUUGUCGGAGAUCCGCAACUUCGUGAUGCGCUACAACAUCAAGCAGACGAUGAUCGCUGAGAUGACCAAGCUCAGCCAGGCGUAUGUGAGCCGCUUUUUCCGUGGCGACAUCGCCGACAUGUCAGAACGCACCAAAAACACUUUCUACAUGUGGUACCUGACCUGCAAGAACAACCCUUGGAAGCUGGCACAACUGUGCCCCAACUCUGGCGUAAAGCGGAUGGUCUCGGAGACCGGCGACUUGAUUCCACUCAAGCGGGAGCGCUUCACCUUCAAGUCGGCACACCUGGCCGUUUUAGAGCGGUACUACGAGCGUGACCCGUACCCGGAUGCGCAGACACGCGAGCAGAUUGUCGAAGAGUGCAAUGAGGCCGUCGAACGACCUGAGCGUCCAUUGACUGAACGGGAGAAAGUGAGCCUGCCUGUGGUGAACAACUGGUUCAACAAUCGUCGAAAAGAGGCCAAGAAGCAACUCAGGCAGCAACAUGCGGCAGCAAUGGCAGCAGCGGCACAGGCAGGUGGCCUGGGUGGGUUAGGAAGUGUGCAGGCGGCGUUGGCUGGCGGUGGACACCAGAAGUCCCCCUUUUCGGUGGGUCCGCCCCUUUGGGGCGCACCGAGCCUCUAUCCGCAAGUGGGAAGCUCAGCUGCAGCCCUUGCGGCUGCAUUGCCAUCGUGUGCCGCCGGAUUGCCCACUUCCUCGCCACACGUGGAGACGCCUUCGAUUCGAGGUGGUGGCAGCGACCAGGGAGACUCUGCGGGCCCCGAGGGGGACAGUGACCAGGGGGAUUCGGACACCUCCCAGGAGGAAGACUCCACCUCGUUGCCGUCGUACGGGCAUGACUCGGAGCCAGCCGACUUCACCACCAAUGACAACAACAUGAAGCCUGUCAUCAAGCAAGAAAUGCCAAGUUCCCAGUGCGUAUCCAGCAUGGAGCAGGAUGAUGAUGGCUAAGAGCGGCGUAGCGGUGGACGACAAGUCACGAUGGGAGAGACAAAAAAAAAAAAUCAAGACCGACCGUGGGUCGUCAGCGCAGGAGGAUUUUGUUUCGACAGUGAAAAGAAGAAAAAAAAAAAAGAGUCUUGAGAGAGCCUACGGUAGACGGUGUACGAACGUCACCGUCCUCCGCGGUGGUCAGCCCUGGAAUGCCGAGUGAAGAUAAAGGCCCGAAGAGAAGGGUGUAAGAAGAGAGAGGGUGGCUUUCCGAAAGGGAGACGCAAGGGCUGCUGGCACAAGUUUUCGUGCCGCUAAGGUGAAAGAAGUCAUUUGUUGGAUUGUCGCCGCCCCACCAGCGCCGAAAGCAGUGAUGUGCUGAGUGACAAGGUUCGUCGUUGGGUCUGCGUCAGAUGUCUCAUCACGUGCUGCGGCACGUCGUCUCUACGACAGGUGCCAGGAAGGGAACAAGUUUUCCACGGUCUCUACCUCACGAUCGAAAAAAAAAAGUGAAAUGAAAAAGGAAAGAAAAAAAGGCACAAAAGUGAUGACAGGCAGGAACGAAAUUACUGGAUGUUUUCUUUUUUUUUUUCUCUCUUUCGCCCUCUCUCUCUCCUCUUUUUUCUUGCGAACAAAUGCCAAAUUGAACACAGGUUUAGUUUUUUUUUUUUUUUUUUCUCCUGUAACGUGUUUCGGAGUACCUCAUUCCUGUUGUUUUAUUGCGGCUGAUGCGGGCGGGCAUGACGCUUGUAAUUGUCUGUUUGUGUUUUGCUCUUUGCUUUCUCGCAGCUUUUUUGUUGUCGACGUGCACGUCGUGUUUCAUCCCAGUCCCGGUGUUCUUUCUUUCGACGGUGGUAACUUGGUUAGCAGUCAUCACGGGUUCAGGCACCACAGGUGUCGCCUUCAUUAGUUAUCAAGCAAGUCACCCACUGUCGCUGCAAUCUUACUACACGUCUUUCUUCGACGUCAUGCUUCUUCUUUUUUUGCAGGUGCGUGUGCAUGUCUGUGUCACCUUUGGGUGCUGUGUUAUUUUCCCGGUGCUGUUUUCUAAAAGAGUUUUUAUGAUUUGUUAUUGUUGGUGUGGCUGCUAAGUAGCCUUGAUAUAAUUAUGGUCAAAGGAGUCUUCUCUUUUUGUUGACCAAAAUCACAUCACGAGGAUGUCAGUUUUGUUUGCUUUCUCUCUGUCUCUCUCUCUCGCGCGCUUUUUUUUUUUUUUUCUACUGUCAACAUGCGGCAGUUGCUCGCAGUGCUCGCUAGAUACUUGUUCUGUCCUGUUUGCUUCCUUGUGUGACGAUCGGGUCUUGUUUAAGACAUUGGGUAUCUGUAAUUCUCUUUUUUUUUUCUUCAGAAUAUUUUAAAACUGCGUGGUGUUGUUUGCUUUAAGUAUGUUACGAGGGGCUUAAGUUUUUGUUGGCUUGUCCGCAUGCCUUCGCUUUCAAGACAGUCGUGCAUGUGGAACGUAUUGCAGCAAGUAACUGGAAUCCGAGUGUACUCGCAUAGAGAGACCAUUCUGUACUGUGUAUUUUUUAUAUAUAUAUAUAUAUAUAUAUGGCAUACGUUUACAGUUAGACUUCCGUACAAGUCCACUGAGACUCAAGGCUAUGAACAGCAACGGAAUAGUGCGGGUUUCAUUCUUAUCGUUUGUUUGUUCCUAUGUUCCCUCAGUAGAAGUCUUGGAAUGCUAAAAUCACCUUGAUUGCUCAGGUUCUUAAAAAAAAAAAAACUGAAAACGGGUCAGUUCUGCUGAACGACAAGACAUUCGUGGGAGUGGACGAACAGACCUUUUCAUUUUUCUUUUUAACUUCACAUUUUUGUCACACCGAGUGGUCAACGACUUGAGGCCAUCGAAAAACAAACAAGUAAGGCAAGGUCCUUCCUUUUUUGCAUGGAGAGAGAACGAAAGAAUGAUGCGAUGGGAUGCCGAAACCUUCACCACCGUAUAUAAAUAUAUUAUUUCUUUUGAGGUCCUGCCAUUUUUUUUUUAAACAUUCGUGCCUGUCAGUUUUAGUCUUUUCUCGUGUUUAGUGCCUCCUCCAUUUUUGAGUGUUUUCUUUUUUCUUGCCCCCCCCCCCCCCUUUUUUUUUUUCUCUUUUCACGAGUCCUACCUCACUUAUUUUACACGCUCAACUUGACGACUGGCUUUCCCUCCCAUCCGUGUGGUGCACUCCUCAGCGCCACGCAGCUCGGAGUCGUCGCUGUCGGCUGGCGACACGUUGCAGGGUUUCUUCCCUGUCUCCUGACAUUGUCGUCGCCGCAUCAAACUCGGGUGCGGCUCUGUGUGUGGGUUCUCCUUUUUUUUUUUUUGUAGUUAUUUUUUUCUUUGGUGCCUAGGCUGGUGGUGCUGGCAGAGACAGGAGUGAUGCAAUGUGGUGGAGCGCCGUGUGGCAAAGCUCUUUGCCAUUCGACGAGGCCACAUUGUUUUGUGGGACAGUGGUGCCGUGGGCAACGAAGAAGAAGAAGAAGAAAAAACAGUUUCCGAGUGGACUUUUUUUCUUUUUUUCUUUUAGUUUUUCUCUUUUCUCACACUCCCUGGCGCAAGACUUGUGGUGCUUGGUGUGUCAGUGCGCGGCUGUCCUUCGUGCACAUCUGCAGCUCCCGACCCCUUCCCCACUACCGGAAACGGGGGAGCACGGGAGAUGCCGAUCGACACAGGACGUGAGGAAAACGAAAGACAGGGAACUCCGAAAAUGUGGCUACACCGCGCCCCCAUUGCGUUUGGGCAGGGAAGCCGGCUAUGUGUGUGCAUCUACUGCAAUAGGAACUGCUACGAGUGUCACGCGCUUUCGCGGCGGGAAAGACCGCGGCGCACCACGGUGAGGCAGAGGCCAAACGGGCCGCCCCGAUUGAGCCCGGAGGACGUCGUCGUAGUGCUGCCGGCCUUCGACGUUGAUCACAAUCAUCGCAACGUGCUGAGUAGUGCAUGCGUUUUUGUUGGUGCUAUGGGGAAUGACGGUAACGAUUGCGCGUUGUGGGGACUCCUCUCUGGAAUGCAGAGGCUACGGCCUCGAGUGCUGUUUGCUCUAGCUACCUAUGCCUGCCCUUAUUAUGUACACUUGUGUUCUCUUCCUUCGCGCUUUACAAACGACCCAAUGUGUAGGUUUUGUUAAGUUGUUCUCCAUAUCCACCGUGGAUGCACGAUGGUGCACUAAAUUUCCAUGCUCCUUUUUUUUUGUUUUUGGCCUGUUCUGCCUGCUAUGAAUCUUUAUUUAUACACUUCACAAGGACCCUCCAACUUCUUUUGCUCACAUGAUUUUUCAGUGUGCAUCGGCAGACUCUUGGCUCUGCAGCUUUGAGACAAACAUUGUCACUGUGCUUGGUCUUCUGCCGUGUGCCCAUUCACUUAUACGUGUUGGCCAGCUGCCCCGCAGUAUCACCUUGUUUUCUUUCGCAACUUUUGGCCGUUGCACGCAUCUGGGGCGCCGACUGCUGUUGCGAAGCUUUUCAGCCUCAAAGCGUCCUUCGUAUUUUGAGCAAGGCAGCGUCACUGCCACCAUCACAGUGCUGCCAGCUUCCCUGACCAGUAGGUGAAGCGAGCUCUAAAAUUAACGAGAGAGACAAGGACUGGUAUUGCUCCACUCUUGAGUUCUUUAAUGACGUUGCCUGAGUUGCCAACCGGCCUGCUGGUUGGCGCAUCCUUACACAGUUCACACCGAGAGAAUGUGCAGCAAUGCAAGCAAGCAGACGGCAGUGCAGACGUCUUCUAAUGACAUGAGCUGAAUUGGCCACUCUAAAACACCAUUCUAGAAGACAAGGUAAACACGUUAGCAAGCAGGGCUGGCUAUCAUUGUGUUUGUCCUGUCUUUCCAGGUCUGAUCAUUUGCCUGUUGAAUUUUAUUACUUGUGAAUAGCAUAGCUCGUUUUGACACCCGCUGUCGUCUGCUAGGCUGUCCUUUAGUGUGCUCCACAACAUCUGCUGCUUGCUGCGCAGAACCAGACAGACAAAAUGAAUAGUCACUGGCACCCGACGUCAACAAAAAGAGGACGGAAGUGCAUCUAUUUCACCAUGUUGUGGCGGUGGCAUAGUUUGCGCCUACGUUGAAUUGUAGUGUGCACACACUUUGUGUGCAUUUCUGCUUGGUAGCAAGCAGUGCUUCAGGUUGGAAAUUGUCGAUCACGGGCUGCGCACUCCGAAGGAGCUGCCCAGCAGACGACAGUUGCGUGCUCUCCAUGCAUGUGCACAUUUCUGCCCAUUUCACUCACUGCUGCGUGCCUUGACACGCAGCGUUGAGAAGCAGCCGGCCGUUGAGCAUUCAAGUGACGUCCUUGAAGAAGUACCGCGUAGCUGUGCACUUUUUUUGUCAUCCUUUUCCCACUAUCACCAGGACAUGCGUCACUUUCGAUAAUCGGUUUUGCUGGCAUCUGCUGUCUUCUUGGUUGUCCUUUCUUUGUAUUGGUCUUGUCUCCCCUUGCCUACGCCACCUGCUUUUACCGUUUUGUGUGUUAGUGUUUAGCCCCACAGUUUUGACUGAGACUACGGUGUUUUUUCUGACUGUGCUGUUUUCCUGUCCACUUUGCCUACGUGUGGCAGGAACAGUCCAGUGUGCGUGCCGUCACGGUUGGGACUGCAUCCUGGUCUCCCCGUUUCACCCUAAUUAGAGAAAGAAAAAAAAAAAAAGACGUGCCGAUCACCUUUCUCCUGCCGCACGUCGGGCCUCCACCUGUUUCUUCCGGCCGUUUUUCGCACCGGUACAUUACCAGCGGUGUGUCGUUCUGCGCUCCUGUGAUGCGUCUCCUGUUUCGUCACGAAAGUUCCUAUAUCUCUGCUGUUGCGCUAGCUGGGCCGCGAGCACUUUUCACGCCUCUUUCCCCCCUCUACCCCUCCCCCCUUUCCUAUGCUUUGCUCUUCCUUUGACAUGAGGUCUGUCCACUCAUGCAGUUGCCACUGUCUGCGGCUGUAACGGUCUAAUUGCUCGUUUCUCGGGGCGCUUUCCGGUUCACCUUUGCCGGACGUAUCUGCGCUGCGGUAACCCAAGUUUUGUUAGUUGGUUCUUUUGUUGUUGGCAAGCGUGGCGGAGCAGUGUUUUUCUCUGCGCGACAUUAUUGCCGAGCAGUCUGUUCUUGCGCACUGAUUUUACGAGGCCUUUCUUUGGUGCAGGGCAUGCCAGACUUUGAAAGCGAUGUGCUGAUAUGUGUGGCAUUGGGUAGAACUUGAUGAAGAGGAAGUGAGGGAUUCCGUGUUUUCGCUUGCAGCGUUUAGAUGGACUUGUGUUGAUUUCAUUUUUUAAUCCUAGCCUUAUCGCCCCCUCUGUUUUUUUAUCUCUUCAAUCAGAUACCUUGCCUCUUGUGUUAGACAUAAUUUGCACUGUGACAUCGGGCACCUACUCAACUUACAUGAUGAACUUAGUGCAACUUUACCUCAGGUGCAGAGGGGCUUGAGUACGUUUUGAAUUUUUCACUCAUACUAUGACGGGUAUUCACAUUCGACAGCAGCAUCACCAGCACGCAAUACUGCUUCUCUGCACAUCUUGGCAAUGAGGCAUUGCCCAAUGAUGGCUAACGUUUUUCUUCCUUCUUUUCUAAUAUUUCUUUUUUCAGACAUUGGCACAUUAAAAUGCCGUAGAACACUGACUGUUGCCUUGUCGACAUAGGGUACAAUGAAUAAGUUUCUUCUACACAAGAACUGUGUGCAAAGCAUGCCAGGUGUGCGAAUAUGGUUCCCAAAAUACAGGUCUCCCGGUUAAGCUUCACUCUUAAUAAAAAGUUAAACAGGUUUGUGGAGGGAUUUCCCGACUAUCUAUCUUUCUUUUUUCUUGGCUUGCUCAUUCUGGCAUGGUGGCCAGCCACAAUACUAGAUAAGAUUGCCCGCAUAUGUUCAUUGCUCUGGCAUGCCUGCGCUUGAAAACCCCCCUUUUGCUAGCUGAACUUCGGUUACAUUUCUCCACGGUUGCACAUAAUGUUGAAAGCAUUGAGCAUUCAUCUGUGGAACCCGUUAGAUCACACAUGCAUUUCUCAGGGCUUUGUUUACUGUAUUCACUACUUGUUUGGACAGAUUCUUCUUUUGUGCAUGCUUGAAGUGAAAGAAAGAAAGGAGUGAAAAAUAAGGGAUGAAAGCAAACAGGCAGUUGAGGAUAUGAGAGAGAGAGAUGGUGAUGGAGUGAUGACAGGCAGGAAGGGCAGGCCUUGGUUUGAAGCCAUCGCCAAUGUUUGCGUCCAUGUAGCGUCUUUUUGCCUAGCGUCUUUUUCUCUCAUGUGUGCACGGCCAUUUCUCGUGACCAGUGCUUGCAGCAGCGGCUCAAACAUAGGUGCCUGUGUACGUGUUCUUUGUGCAAAGGAUAAGCUGGGGGUGAUGGAUGAACAGAGCUGGGGCGUGCCUGUGUGUAGGUAUGGUAAGUGGCGCCCCCUCUUCUCUUCGCCUGAGGUGAGUUCACGGAAGUCCAAGAUGCGCAAAAGUUUUGGAGGACGUCCUGCCUCUUCUGCUGGCUCUCGUCGUUCACAUUGUGUCUGGUGUUUCCCUUGUUCGUUACUAGAUUCUCUCUCUCACUCUCCCCCCCUCCCCUUGCCUUUGCAGCUUCAUGUGCCCCUCUCUACCCUGACCUGAUGACGACAUGUUGCAGACUAGUUGUACUGUAGGUGCCGUUUUUUGUAAUGUCAUGCAUGUGUUCGCCGCCAGCUUUUCGUGGUGUUCAGAGUGGCUGUUUCCAUCCUGGUAUGAAACUUUUUGCUAUCGUAGAAACCUGGCUAGAGGCCCCUGCCUCUGUUUUAUAUAUCGUGUUCCAAUGGGUCUUUCUGUAAACAGGCCUGGCACAUGUAAUUUUUGUUCGAAGUUUCUUUUUUUUUUUUUGCCGAGGCAUUCUUUUUCUUUUAUCGUCACCUGCACCUGCUCGCUUCAUUUCAUGUUCCCGGCAUGCGUUGCGGGUGAUCUUCGCAUUCACGCCAACCACAAUAUACAUCAGCCUGCACUGUUGGGCGCCAUAUUUUUAUUCAUUCGCUAGGUAGAAGCAACAGGAAGCAGAGGAAAGCUCGUAAAGUCUUUCUUCCGCACACAAAAAAGAAGAAAAAAAUCAUCGUCACAGCGCUAUCACCACAGCAUACAUAACGAGGGCGCCAGUUUUGGCCGGCAGUCUCUCCGGGAUAUCUCUAGGUGGUCACACUCGUGCCAAAGGCAACAGCAGUACCUGACGGAAUGAGACUUCAACCGGCACCAAUGUUGUAUAGCGGGCCGGUUGGCUGUUGGCUUUUCAAGAUCCGGUCAAAAAGAUGUCAUCACUGUGGAUUCAAAAAAGGAGAGUGGCUUACGGAGAGGCAAUUGUGUGGGAAACAAAAAUGGUGUCUGUUGUUGAUUGGUUGAAGAAGAAAAAGAGAGAAAGAAAAGUGAGGCAGCCCUGCAUUUCCAAAGAGAGCCUUUUCAUCGUAAGGCUGGCCUGGGUCAUUUUGUUUGUGAGUUUUCUAAGGCGUUUCUUCAGUCUCCAGUGUGGUGAUUGCUGUAGCUGCGUCAGCUUUUGGUGUGAAAGAUAAGGAUAUUACCUGUCUCGUGGGACUUUGCCUUGUUUGGCCAUAGUUGGUUCUCAACAUUUUUUUCAAGGUGAAGGCCAAGUUUUGAUUCAUAGAAGCCUUGGAGAAAGCUGCAUCUUCGGUUCGGCUAGCACUUGCGGGUACAGUUAUGACUUCUUUUUUUUUUUCACCUUCUCUUCAAGACUUCGCGUUUUUUCAGAGAAGGGCGAUCUCGUGUUUCGUUAAACAUACUGUCAGGAAAAGAAAAAAAUAUAUAUACGCAUCUCAAAGUUUUGGACCAUAAUGUACGUGUUGUUGCUCACCUUGGCAUUGUCUCAGCCAGGACAAUGUCUGUCACACACUCUCGGCUGUCGAACAUCUUUUCCGUUGUAGCAUUCACCAUUCUUUAAGUAGGAGCUGGUGUUGCCUUUGGAGCAUGACCAACGUGCGAGGUAGGAGGAUAGUGUUGGGUGCCACGUGUGCCCGUGGUGAGUCGGAAGCAGUGUUGAUGAAGGAAUGUCGCGACGUUCUUCUAUCGAUUGUGCGACAGAAGCAGUGCUGGCAAUCACGUUUCGGACAGCUCAUCAUGUUAGUCUUGUUCCCAGUUUUGCACAUAGUCAAGCACCUGUCUGCUAAAUACCUAUUUGCAAGUAAAGACCAUCAGCACAAGAUCGCUACACGUGCAGAUGUCUUCUCUCGUUCAGGCAGUUGGGAAACUACCCUGUGUUUCUGAAGGCUUUCAACGUGGUGGCACUUGUCUUCUCAUGAAAGGCAUCAUUGCAAAUCAGACAUGGCAUUCUGAGAGACAUUUGGUUUCUUCCUCCAUAUUUAAUAUACUUCUGUUUUACCUUGCAUGGGAUACAGAAUGACGUGGUGAGACUUGGCUUAAGUUCUAUAAUGUCAUUUGGUCUUCUCCGAGGUGCCAUUCAAAACUCUUUCAAACAAUGUCGCAUCUGACACAAAAAUAUCUUCGUUAUAUCCGGUAUUCAUUGUGAGCAUAUAUUUGUUACAUGCUGACAUCAGCUAGAAACAUUUCAGGUGUACUUUGUCGUAUGUCAUAUACAAUAACUUUCCAAUAUUCAAUAACUGCAGCAUUUUGGAAAAACAUUUGGAUCCCGAGUUCCAGUAGUGCUACAUGACAAGCUGGCCAAGAAAUUGUGUGUUGCUGGCAGAAAGCGGGUUGUUCAAUAUUUUUCAGUUCUCGAUGUAGUUCAUAUAUCUUUUUGAAUGUGUAAAAUAUUUUACAUUGUUCUAGUUUUUCUUUUUCUUUCCAUUUGAUGAGUAUCUUGUUUUGUUUUCUUUACGUUUGCCUGCCCAAUCCCGGUGCGUGGUUUAGUCGAAUGUUUCACCUUCCCCCCAAGCCCCCAUCUACCAUCUCGUAUCCUUCAUUUUACCUGGUGAGCGUUUUUUUUUUUUUUUUCCCGUCUAUAAAUAUAAAGUAUAUAUAUAUUAUACAUACAGAAAAAAAAAAAUCACAUGCGCGUGAAUACAGUCUAUAUAUAAAUAUAUACACAUAUAUAUGUAUACAUAAUUCCUCGGUGCCUCGGAAAUGCACAUCGUCUACCUCCCAGUAAAACAGGUCCAUGUGUGUCAGGUUUCAAGCAUUAAAAAGAAAAAAAAAAGCUGCGAAAGUGUUAUACAGAAGUGGUCUUAAGUUAAAUGGCAAAAGAGUCAGUCAAGUCUAGAUGGUGUACAAGAGUUCUAAAAAAAAGAAAGCAUCAGAUAGUGUGGCUUUAUUGAAAUGCCCCCUCUGUGUCGAAACCUACGUGUGUGAAAGUGUGAAAAAAAAAGAGCGACAAGAUUUUUUGAUUGCAGUGUAGAAAAAAAACUGAAAGUUUGUGCCUUAGGUUGGUGGGGAAGUUUGUUAUUUGAGAGCAUUUUUUGAAUGGUCAUUUGUUGUAUAAAACAGGCAGGAAAUUGUGAGCGAAAUCCUAGAACAGUGUAGAUAUUCGUUUUAACGGCGAAGUGAAUAAGCGCGAGAUAUGUAGAGUUUUGUUUUCCCGUGAGUGCUCUUCUGCUUAGAGGUUAGAGGUUUCCCGAUCGGCGUCAGGGCUGCCAUUGAAGCCCUCUGCAGAGCUGUCUUGGAGCUUCUGGAUGGAGGCAAAAAGGAGGGUCUUUAAGGGGCAGUGCUUUGCAGGGAAACGUACCCCACUCUCUGCGCUAAUCAUGAUUGCUCUUUUGGCAAAUGAUAUUCUUCUCAUUAGGUGCAGCAUCACAGGGUUAUCUUGGCAUGAUUUUGUAAUUUGCAUCACAAAGUUGGAGGGGCCAGCACGGAGGCUGUGAAGCUUAAUUACUGAAAAUGAGUGCACGUCCCGAUUGGGGUGCAGCCGGGCCCGUGUUUUUUAUCAUAGCGUGGUUACUAAGUUGCAGCUUGCAGUGAUAACAGAAAAAAAAAAUCAUUUGCAAAGUGUGAAAGAUUGCAUGUAUGCUUGCACUUUUGCAGCAGUGAAAUGUCUUGCAAUAGUUGCAAAAUUUUGUUGUACGACUCAGAAGCAUUUUUUUGCUUUUAGGGGUUGCUUUUCAGGUUGCUUUUAAGGGUUUAAAAAUGCAUGGCAUGAUAAUGUACUUUUCUCUCUCAACAACUUUCUUGCACAAGUACUUCAGUCCACGGUGGUUCUCAUUCACUGUGGAGUGAACUGCACUAGUGCAGUCUCUGCCAAAAUUUAUGAAGGCAGUGUGCACGUGACAGGAUCUAUUUACGGGAUUAUUAAAUGAUCAUAGAGUGCAUCCAAUGGACAUUGGAGCUGUGCUUGUACCGUAUGUACAGGAUAUGUCAUUGUGCACCUGUAGUAAGAUUUUCAGUGCAUGAAAAAAGAUUGAGAAGGAUGGGGCUGCUGAAGCUCGUGAGCCUCUGUGCGCCGGGCAUGCUACGGAAUCCCCGUCACACUGUUCGCUGAUGGAUCCUGUCGCUUGUGGGAUGGCUUUUAAAACCUUUGACGAAGGCUGCGCAUGUUGCAUGACACUUGCGUGAGAGGGUGCGGCGCCCUCUGUGGUGUCAAUUGCGCACUGUCAACCGAAGAAACCCCUAGAUAGCAUCUUCAGACCUUGUCUCUUUGACAUUUUCGUAACACUGCUACACUGCAUGUGCGUGUAAGUUUCCUGAGUUUAUUGUGUCGUGCGAGUUCAUAGAUGCGUCACUGGUUAGAUUUUUGUUGCAUAUCGUGCGCUGCGGGACAUUUCCCAGUUUGGCACUGCCCCGGCUCCAAACACUUGAAGUAGGACAAGCUAAAAGGUUACUUAUGACCGUUACAAAUUGAGCGUAGCAAACAGUACUGACUGUAGUACUAAAAAGUUGAAGCGUGCAAGAAAUGAGGAAAAUAUUUGGUGGCUUGUCUUGCAAAGGAUGAGAUCCGCGGUGCAGGGAGAGAAAAAAAAAAGCUGAGUGAAAUAAAGAGAAGAAAACUCUAUUUUUGUUGAAGCUAGGAUUACACUUAAGUACGAAUAUAUACAUAUUUUGUUAGAGUAAGCCUUUUCAUAUUAGAUGUGGGUCUCAUUGUAUAGCUUGCAUCUCUCUGCAUGUUAUACAACUUGACAUCUUGCUGUACACAACUGCUGUCGUGAGAAAGUGUUGAAACUUUGUGCACGUCAGUUCUCUACCGCCUUUCCUCAACAUCUCUAUUUCUUUUCUUUUUUUACGUACCCUCAACCAUAUUGUCUAGGGUACAUUUCUUUUUUCUGCCUCGGGAAGUAAUAAAUGACUGUGCAUGCUUAAUUUACUUCAUAUGACACUGUAGGACAGUUUUGUACUCAAUGAAAACGCCAUUCUGGCAGAGUCAGAAAUGCCCUGUGCCUGCUAGCUUGCGAAAAGUCCCUCCUUGAAGCGACAUGUUGGAUAGACUUUUAAAACGUCAGUCAAUCAAAUCUCUUCAGAAGGUUGCAGAGACUCUACACUAUUGUACCAAAAGAACUUUUCUUUUAAUGAAACAUACCGUCCGCUCUCGACUUGCCCUGAUACUGCGUGCGAUAUAUAUAUAUACUUUCAGCACAGGUGAAACCAUUUUGUAGAUAAACAUCAAAUGCUCACAGACCACAAAAUUUCCUUUAGCACUCUAGCACCUCUAGGCGAACAUCAGUUCAAGCAUCCACUUGGAAUUUUUGAAGCUGCAGUUGGCCAUAAAAGGAUAUUUUUGUUCCAGUGUAUUGCUUAUGCUGUGUACAUAUAUUGAGCCAACAUCCCUUCCAGUAUAAGGCCUGCGUAAUUAAUUCCAUGAAGCACACACAGUAUGAUUGGUUAUUUUGUGGAGCAAGAAAUUACUUUUUUUUUCUGCGAAUAUCAUUUCGUAUUCUCUCUCAUAUUAUUUCAUAUUCAUUGAAGUGCUGUAGAGCACGUUCAUGCAAAGAUUGUGAUUUGGUCAUUUUAAACCUGCAUACUGUUGUGUGGCCUACUAGUGAAUAAAGCCUGGAAUACAUGAAUACAUCUGUUCCUUUCUUUUUUUUUCUCCUUCUACAUGGACACUUCUUUCUGUGUACCAGCAACUGUGCAAACCUUCUGAAAUGAUUUUAGUGCAAUAAUACAGUGACCACAGUCUGUCCACAGGUGACUUUACGUAGGGGCUUUCAACAGUGUUUUGUUUUGCGUUUUUUGGCACAUAAGUUUUCAUGAUAACGCCACUACAUGGAAUGUGAGCAUAUAAGAUUAGCGCAUCGUGUUGCAAAAACUGGACGAGUUUGGAUUCUGUGCAAUUUUCACAACCAGUACAUUAGUCCUCUGCCUUUGGUUAAUCAUACAAGGCAUUACUUUGUGUCGCAUGCUUGAAAAAUCUGGAGCCAUAUGAUCCAAGGGGGAGGGUUGUACGUCACCAUUAAAAUUGGCCUGGCCACUGUAUGGUCAGUAUUGCUGAUGUGCUAUUGCCGUACGAGUGGCAAGUGUCUUUUAAACCUGCUGAUGAAGUUGAUAUACUGAUGUUUUUCACUUUUUUUUCGUUUUCACGGGUACAUUACGAUGGUUUUGAGGAACAUGCGUCUGUGAAUGCUGUCCUAUGGCUACUUGUAAAAUGUUUGCCACAGUUUCCAACUUCCACUUGCAAGUUCAUGGCCAAUUGGCACAUAAUUUACAAAUGCCACCCAGAAAAUUUGGCUGAUAUUUGCAUCCCAAGUUAGCAAAGACAGGUGGCAGUGGAAGCCUUUUUGACAAUUUUCCAUCUCUCCACGCACUUGUGACGUGUACCACGUCCGUCGUCACAUGUGUGACGGCAUUCAUGACGUUCUGUGCUCUCCUACCGUCACGGUCACUCACAUGACUUUCAGGGAAUAAAGCUGUCAUUCAGACAUUCGUUGCGUAUUACAUCGCAGACUGACAACUUCUACUUCUUUCAGGAUUGCAGCGGUUCGCGUGAAAUUAAGUAGAAAAAAAAAAUGUGUCACACAUACCCGGAUCAAGCCGUACUUUGACCUCCCUGAACAAUACUUGCCCGUGCACUUGUGUUUUUGAAAGAAAAAAAAAUUGUGUGUGUGUGUGUGUGUGUGCUCGUGCGUGUGUGUAGUGUCAACUUUAUCGAGUUGAGAGGCCUUUCUUGGAGUGUACUGUUUUCAUACAUUUGCUUAUGUGCGUGUUCUUCAGUGUGCUCUGAUUCGCUGUCAACAUGGGUACCAUCCUCUAGCUUCCCUCGAAGCUGGCGGAAGGUGAAUUCAGCAUUGCUCUUCUUUCUGAUGUUGCACAUGAAAGCAACCUAUUCUAUACCUUUGGAGGUGCGCAUAUUCUAUGCUGUACUUUUGUUGUUCUUUUUUCGUUGACACCACAACAUCGAAGCCAUUCCGUGUGAAUUCAUCUAGCAUGUAACCUGUACGCUUACCCUGGCUGGAAGAACCAGGAGUUUGUCUUGGCUCAUGUUGAACUCCCACCAUGUUUUUGGCUUACCUAGCCUUUCAACAAAGAAUUAUGACUGUUAGUAUAUAAUCAUAAUCUGUUAACAGUGAUCAUGUUGAUGGCUCAACAAAAUUUGCCGUGAGAGAUGAAUUCCCAUCGAACAGUUUGUUUCUACUUGAACCCCACUACCUCAUCUUUUUAUUUAACCUUUGUUUUCUUUUUGUGACUCUCAUCAUAUGAACCCCUGCUAAAUUGCUGUUUUUAUUAGCCAUGAUGAGCAUAAAAAAGCUCGCAUAAGUUUUGUCUUACGCCAUUUAUAUGGACGUCAGUAUGGGUGCGUUAACUUGUGCUUAAGUGCAGGUUCUUGCACAAACUAUCAUUAUUCAUGUGUCGACAUGGUUUUCACAGAUUGAACAUUAUACCGCCCACAAUACCAGAAAUAACAGCCAUCCUUUGUUAUUCAAUUCACAUGAUGUCAAUGCAUUACUAAUUCCACUGGCUGGCUCAGUUAAAUAAAUUACUGGUUUCACAUUUGAUUUUUGACAUAAAGCACUUGCUAUUCAGAGCAUAAGUCGAACCAAUGAAGAAUUUUUUUUACUUGCAAGGGCUAGAUUUGCAAUUCACCACCUUGUUUUGGAUAAACUGACCACUACAUUAGCAAACCAGUUAUGUUGGCUAGACUCAUUUUUUUACCUCUUUUACCUUACUUGGGCUUAAACAUGUGAAAAGAAGAAGCUUUCAUGAAAAUUGACCUAUAUCAAGUGUAUGUGCCUUGGGCACUAGCUUAAGAUCAUACAGAGCUUUUGCGGAUAUUCACUUGGAACCAACAUUGUACAAUACACAGGCACAAUCAUGUGUAAUCAUCUCAAUAUCUGCGCCGUUUUUUUUUUUUCUUCAGUUCUUUCCUUGACUGGUUCAUUCCUGUUCAUUACGGGUCCCUGGGCUAGGCCUAGUCGUUUGUUAGGCUUCAGCCCUGAUAAUCCUGAACCAUGGGAUUGAGAAGACAAUUUUUUUUCUGUACCAUUUGCUGAAAGCAGAUUUGCUAACAGUAUGUUAACAACAUGUAGCUUCACGAUGCACCGUUUACUGAGGGAACGGUGCAUCAGUUAAGUUUGUCAGCUCAUUUUAGCUUUGAUGAAUGGCCACCGUGUCUGUUUGUAGUGUGUACAUUGUCCACUAUGUUUUUUGUUGCCGCUGCUACUGGUAUACCAGGCAGAGCAGCCAGGGUGUUUUAAUCACUGCAGCUGCGAAGCGUCUCGUAUUGCGGAAGCUGCCAUGGCAGUGACACCGAUAAUGCAGAUUUAAUCAUUGUCACGCCAUCUAUGAGUAGACAAGUGAACUAAUGGGUAUCGUUAAUUGUUGAAGCCAGAGCAGUGCUUGCUUGGCCAUGUUUCUAAAUAGGCAGUGCAUCAGUCUGCCAGCAGGCUCCCAGGAGGUGGUCACUGCAAAUGGCCGUCGAUUUCAAAGCGGGAGUUUCGUAACUGCUGUGGCUAAGGAGACCCUGUACGGCAGCUGAAUCGAAGAUAUGUGCAAAAUGUGUUUGCUCUCCUUCACUCUUUUGACAUGCUUGAGUCGUCACGGUGACCUCAGUAUUUACAGUUCCUAUAAGAGUUUUUUCCGCGGCUCGCCUGAAUAUUGCGCAUAGUAGUUCUAUCUUAGACUCGACAUAGCGGCAUAAUUGCUAUACUACACGAUGGCGUAACGACAAGUACAAAAAAACGCAUCUCAGCCUUUCUCUCUCUCUCUCUCACUCUGUCAACCCCCCAUAAGAGUGAAUGUGGGCUUUGGUAGCUGCUGCUUUUGCGACGUUGUUUCCGGUGUGACGAUGAAAUCACUUUAAAAGAGCGAAGAAGGUGCAGUACCAUUAUACCUGUGUACUAUAUAACACAAUGAAGAAUUGUUGCUUGCUUCCUGUGACGGACGUCCCUGCAAUAACAGGCUGAGGCUGGAUAUGCGUGCGAAAGUGCCAGGUUUCUUUUUUUUUUCUAGGAGCCAUUGAGAUCGGCUUGUUAAUCUUGGAACUGCAGCAGUGUCUUCUGUAGAAUUGCUGGGACCCUCUAGCAGACGACACACUUAUUGAGGCAGACGUACUAGCCGAAAGCAGUCAAGUAAAAUCAGCUUCGUGUAUAUCGUCGUCGGCAGGUUUUUAUGUUGCAGGCAGCGUGGAGUUACCCGUUCUGGCGCCUAUAUAGUGCCUCUGAGAAUGCUAUAUCAGCUAUGGUAGCUAUGUACCAGACGGGAGUGAAUUGUUUCUUGGAAAGCCAAGAAACCUUAAGAAUCUCUCCAUGCAUGUUACUAAGGGAUUGGAGUAGUGUUUGCUUUGGGUCAUAAAAGUAUAUAGCACUAGACUGCCUUUUUGCCAGAAGUUUCUCAAUCAGAGCCAGAAGUAGUUGCAGGCUAUAGGCUGUGACGUCAUAGGUACUGGUGCUGUUGUCGCUAAUGCCGCCACGUUUAGCCUCCAUGUUUACUAGAGUUGCUGCACACUUGCGCCUGUCGAUAACAUACGCCAAAGAGAAAAGACGAGUCUUAGCGUUUAGGGACAAACACUUUUAAUGUGCCGUCCAAUCACGACUGCAGCAGGCUUUUAGCAGUCCUGCCAUAGCGACAUGGUUGAUGCCUACAUCACAGCUGAUUGUAUGAUGUCACAGCCGACACAUUUUGAAGGCCUAUCGUCUUGCGAAGGGGUUGCCCUUGCAGUUCUGGUGGAUUUUGUUAGCAGCCGAGUGAAUCUUCUGUCUUAUUUUCUUGCAUCCCCGUCUGGUGAAUUCGUUGGAUUGCAGACAACGGUUCAGCCUCAGCCUGGCCUUGCGGUGCUAUAUGUGUUUCAUCUGUGUCGAUUCGACGCAGACGAUGCGGAGUUGUCUCUUUAACGCACUGUGUUGGUUUGUACAUGUGCUGCCAUUUCAGCGGCAUGCAUUCUUACAGGCUGGCUGUCUUACGGUGCGAGGCCAGGAGUUUUUUUUCAUAUAAUGUGGCGUGCAUGUAUGAGUGUGUGUAAAUGUUUCAGUGCCAGCAAAACUUCAAAAAAAAAGAAAAAAAAGAUGGUGGUGUACACUGUGUAGUUUUUUCUGUAGCCCUUUUUUCCCCUUCAUUUUGUAAUGCGUGUACUGGAAACUUAAUAAAAUUUUUAGUUUGGUAAGUAACUACA